AUGGAUGUCAUUAAUAUUAAUACUUGCCAAGACCCAUUAAUCCAAAGAAAUACCACCCAUAUGAGAGAAGCAGUGAGUAGCAGAGAGCGAUUAAUUGCUACGCUACGGUACUUAGCAACUGGAAAGAGUGUUGAAGACUUGAAGUUUAGUUGUGCAAUCUCCCCACAGCUUCUCGGGAAAAUAAUACCUGAAACUUGUUGGGCAUUAUUUAUGACACUAAAAAACGAAUAUUUGAAGGAUGCUUAA